AUGCUGUUGGACACGGAGACACCCAAGGGUGUGCCGACGGAUGAUGCGGGACCGGGUGGUGGCGGUGGUCGUGGACCACCGGGUGUGGGGUCAGGGACCGUUACAACGGCUGCCGCUGCUGCCGCCGCCGCCGCUGCCGCUGCCCUAUCGGCGGCCAAGGGUGCGACGGAUUUCUCGAUAGCGGCGAUCAUGGCACUGCGGGAGGGCUCCAGCAGGAGCCCUCUGGAAGCAGUUUUCGUAAGUGGCUCACAAAAUUCGUCUGUCGAUCGGCUCUCCGAGGUGGACGAUGAGGUGGACGUGGACGUGGAAGAGUGCAGUGAUUCCGAGGAGCCAAAGUCCUCCGACAGUGGCCGUGUGACCCAUUCGCGAGCGACCGAAACACCGAACAGCAUUUCCGUAUCGGACGAGGAACGACUUUCGCCGGAACCAGCGCAAAAACGACCAACCAUCGUUGGGUCCUGCAAUUCGGAUGACUUGAGACCGGUACAGUGUCACCUGGAGACGAAAGAGCUCUGGGACAAGUUCAAUGAGCUUGGCACGGAAAUGAUCAUCACCAAGACGGGAAGGCGCAUGUUUCCGACGGUGCGCGUUUCCUUCUCCGGUCCACUGCGCCAAGUUACGCCUGCCGAUCGGUAUGUCGUGUUGCUGGAUGUGGUCCCGGUUGACAACCGGCGCUACCGUUACGCGUACCACCGAUCGGCCUGGCUGGUGGCGGGCAAGGCAGAUCCUCCGCCGCCCGCACGGCUCUACGCCCACCCGGACACCCCGGUCGGGGCCGAUGCCCUACGGAAACAGGUUAUCUCGUUCGAAAAAGUGAAACUAACCAACAAUGAAAUGGACAAGAAUGGUCAGAUUGUCCUCAACUCAAUGCAUCGCUACCAACCCCGAAUACACCUGGCAAGGUUGGGACCGGGCCAAAACAUACCUAUCACACCAAAGGAGCUGUCCGAUGUCGAUCACAAGACGUACGUCUUUCCGGAGACGAUCUUCACGGCGGUUACGGCUUACCAAAAUCAGCUUAUAACGAAGCUGAAAAUUGACUCCAACCCGUUUGCGAAGGGGUUUCGCGAUUCAUCUCGCCUGACUGAUUUUGAUCGGGACCCGAUGGAUGCCCUACUUUACGAGCAGCAUAUGCGAUCUCCUUUGCGCAUGUUCCCCGACCCGCUGAUGGCACAGUUCGCAUCCGGUCCGGGUCCUGAGCUGAUGUCGGACGCCUCUUCGGCAGCCCUGCUGGAGAAAGCGCGCCAGCAUCUGCAGAUGUGGGGACGCUCACCCUACAGCGAACUGCUGCUUCCUCAGAUGUACCAACGACCGCAGAGCCUUGGCGCGCUCAACCUUGGAGUUUGGCAGAACUCGGCCAGUUGGCCUGCUAGUCCACAGUUACCUCCCGGCUUCUUACCGAACGCCGCAGCAGCGGCGGCUGCCGUUGCUGCAGCAGCUUCCGCUGGUAGCUCGCGGCAUACUACGCCACCGCCACCACCACAACCUUCAACUGCAUUGGGACCUUCCACGUCCGUCAUGUCACCGACGACACCAUUGACCCCAACGAGCUCUUCCGGAUCGCCGUCGCCAGAUCCUCGGGUCAAACACUUUGCACGGUUCACACCAUACCAAAUACCACAGCCGCAUCCUCAUCAAUCUCAGCUGCAAUCGGCACAUCUUCCACUACCUAUUUCACCGUCGCCUGGGCCUACUAGAUCGCCGAGCAGUCCUUCCAACUGA